UACACCACGGUGCCGCGCGUGGCCUUCUACGCCGGCCUCAAGAACCCGCACGAGGGUUACGAGGUGCUCAAGUUCGACGACGUAGUCCCCAACCUAGGCAACAACUACGACGCGACCAGCAAGUUUACGUGCAACAUCCCCGGCACCUACUUCUUCACCUACCACGUCCUCAUGCGCGGCGGCGACGGCACCAGCAUGUGGGCUGACCUCUGCAAGAACGGCCAGGUGCGGGCCAGUGCCAUUGCCCAGGACGCAGACCAGAACUACGACUACGCCAGCAACAGCGUGAUCCUGCACCUGGACGCGGGCGAUGAGGUCUUCAUCAAACUCGACGGGGGCAAAGCGCACGGCGGCAACAGCAACAAAUACAGCACGUUCUCCGGCUUCAUCAUCUACUCUGAUUGAGCUCCCCGCGUCCCUGGUUACCCCCCGGGCUCCUCGUCCUGCCGGGCAAUGGAUGACCCGUCCCCCGCCCACCUCUUUGCUGCCCAACCCGGCUGCGCGCCGUCCUGGCCGCAGCGCAGCCCGCGCUGUAUAUUUGUACAAUAGGAUUGUUUAUUGCCCGCCCCUCCCGCCAGCCCGCCCAAGCCUGGGGACCGGUCUGGUCCGGCAGAGUCGCUUCCUGCGUUCAGAUGCGCUGCCCUCCUGCUCCCGCUCCGGCUCCGGGGGUGGUGCCACCUGGGGAAGGGCUGGGAGGGGGACUGGAUAGCUUCCCAGCACCCUUUAAAGCCCUACCCCCAGUCGCUCCCCGUCUGACCAAAGCUAUAAUAAAAACACUUCCACGCGGUUGGAGUUCCGUCUGUGCCCUGGGGAGGAGAUGCAGGAGGAGAUUCUGACCCUGUCCUCCUCCAGACUGGAAAGGGGUCUGCGGGAAGCGGCCCCUGGAUCUGGGGGAAGACAGGGGCCAGUGCCCGCCACCAUGGGCCUGAGCAGCUGGAAUGGGAAGCCACCGGGUUAUAUCCUCCUCCUCCAUGGUGGAUAAGUUCCAUGUUUUCAUCCUUGAAAGUGGCAUCAGCAUUCCAAAGGCACAGCAAGGUUUAAACCGGGAAACCCCGACUCUCAUCCAGUGCCUCCAUAUGUGAUCCUGGGCAAGUCACUCCUCUGACUCGCUUCUGGGUUCGUGACCGCCUUUGCACUGAAAGGUGGUUGGCCUUGGCCGGAGCACUUCACCUCUGGGCCUCAGCUUCCUCAUCUAUAAAAUGCAGGUGACCUCCCUCACUUGACUGAGGAUUAGAGAGAGAUAUGAGCUCAAUAAACAUAGUUUUUAUUAUCUAUA